CCCCCAGCCUGAGCGGCCGCCGGAAAAGGGAAGGCUGCCUGAGUCACCGCGCGGAGCGAACGAGUCACCUUUUGGCAUUGAGCUCAUAAGCACAUCAACACGGUCCUCCCGGACACUUUUUUUGGCACCAUGGCCUCUCGCUCCUCUUCUACUUCUACUUCUACUUCUUCUACCUCUCCCUCCCCCCUUUCGACCUCUGCUUCCACCAUCACUCCUAGUUCCUACUUCACCUCUCUCGUGCGGAGACGCCAACAAAAGAAAAUGAGCAUCACUCAAACAUACUACCUCGCCCACACCGCCCGCAAGAAGCUCACCCGGGAAGCUUCGCGGGCAGACCAUGACCUCCGCCUCCUCGUUGGCCAUGCCAACCUUCUGGAUUCCCUCAUGCUGGAAUUGGCCGAUGCCGAAAGAGAACAAGAACGUUGGUUCAACCAAACCGUCAGCGGAGUGACCAAGACCUCUUCGCAAGGUUCAGAAUCCCGACACAUCCAAUGGGCAGAAACCGUGGUCGAAGACCCCGAGGAGGACUGGGAUCCCGAAGACCUCUCCGACGCCGACUCCGAUGUCAGCGACUCCGACUCCGACUAUGAUGAAGAUGAAUAUGAAGAUGAAUCUCACAUCUAUACCCCCGUGCGUCGGCGGGCCCCGUCACCUGUCGCCAUCAUCACCGAAAAGGAAGUGGAGGAGGAUUACGAUUCCGACUCGGACUCGGACUUUGAAUACGAUGACGCGGAAAAUUUGGAGGAAUUGACCUUGACCCGCUCACCCUCCCGACAAACCCCUCCCGACUUACUGUCGGACUCGGAUGGGGAAUCAGAAGACGACACCAUGCCCCCGUCGCCUCCCCAACCGACACUUGAAACAUUCAACGAGAAGGAACCUCAAACCACAGAGAUCCCCCUCUCCCCUACGGAUCUCGACAAUGGGUAUUACGUCCCUGGCCAGGCACGCAGCACGAUUAUCGAGGCGUACUGAUUGUGCCCUGCCAAUUGACGACCACGUCAAUGUACCAUACGUGAUACCCCUCAUCUAUUGUUGAAUUGUUCUGGAACGGUUGAUUUUGUUUUGGGCGAGUCGCCACUAUCAUAGCGGGUCCGGCGUUUUAUUCUGCGACAUGAUAAAAGGAAUUCUUUGGUUGGG